AUGUCAAAAUAGCAAGUACCCACAUAAAAUUUCCAUUUAAGUUAGCAACUGAAAACCCAACCCAUAUUAAUUAAGCAUAUAAGCUUAUAUGUCUCCUAUCUUUAUAUCUUUCCUUACUGCCUUCUGAUUAAAGUUCAAAUUCUAAUAAACCUCACCAAAAAUCUCUCUCUUUCUCCCCACAAUGGAAAGAUAUAUCAACUCCUCCAUAACCCCAUCGCCUACCUCACCCACAACCUUUGUCCAAGCCGACACAAACACCUUCAGAGACCUCGUUCAAAAGCUUACAGGCCUAGCCGGUGACUCAUCAGAAAAAUUUCCGGUUACUCUUCCCACUAAACUCUCCUCAAAGCUUUCUCAUCCCGUUGACCCAACAGGACCACGCCGGUCAUCUUUCAAGCUUCAAGAACGUAGACAACACACCAUCAGAAAACUCGAAAUCGAACUUGGCCUCACCUCUCAGUUCUCCUUCCGAAAAACUCAUCGACUCGAGUCACCGAUCCCAAGUCCUGUGACUCCACUAUCAUCAGACUCGCUCUUUUUCCGGAGUCCUGGAACUGAGUCACCGUCGUCUCCAGCAGUUUCGGAGGAGGAAAAAGCUAUAGCAGAGAAAGGGUUUUAUUUGCAUCCAUCACCGUUGACUACACCGAGAGGAAGCGAGCCACCGGAACUAUUGACACUUUUUCCACUGAGUUCUCCGAAUCUGAGAAAUCAAGAUUAGUUUUUUUUUUUUAUUUCUUUCUUCUUUAUUGAGUGUCGAAAGAAUGUUGUAGGAAAUACGUAUAAUCUUGGCAGUAUUUUGCAUGGGUUACUAAUUACUUACUGUUGAAGAGUGUUCAAGUCUUCAAGAAGUGGUUUCUUGAUUAAUUUUCUUCCCUGAAUCGUUGUCGAAUAGUGUGGUAAGUUUAUUUUCAACGGGAUGAACAGUAAACGACGUAAUGGCAUGGCAACCGUUUGCCAAACU